AUGCCCGGCCUCGCACUCUCCACUCCUUCGACGCCGUCGACCACUGCGUUCGCAGUGAACAAGCGCCCGCUCUGCGAGUCACCCAUUCCGUUCCCCAGCGCGCCCGCCUUCUACCCCGCACGCCCAGCAUAUCUGUUCUGGAUCGCCACAUACGCAGACUUGCCACCCGACCUGCAGGCCUUCCUCGCAGACAACGGCAUCCACGACUUCACCCCUGAAUCGUACGACAAGGAGGACGUCGAGGCUGCGCGCGUUUACCUAGGGGAGGAAUUAUACAGCAACGUGCGGAGGGCGCUGGAUGCCACACAAGGGUACCCCGAAGAGGAAGUGCAUUUCAUGCUGCAGCAGAUACUCGAUGCGCACAUGCGACGAUUCGACGCGCUACUAUGCUGCGAGGUCGUCGUGCGGGAGGAUUUGGGAGAACUGGUGGCGGCGGAUUGGGUGGAGGACACCCGGCAACGCGAGAUGGACAUCAGGAUCAACGUCAUGCGCGAAGCCGUGGCGAACUUGGACAAUGACCAGGACCUCAAGUGCGCUUUGUAA